UCUGGUCUAAUCCGCAGCGUUUCCGAUCCUCCAUCUUUACAUUUAAUGGAUUUCUUCCUAAAAUCCGAGCCGCUGCGGACUCACAGGAAGCGGCUUUCCCCGCAUUUCCUCCCGGCCCCGCAGCUCCAACACUUCAGCUCAGCUGCGGGAUGAAGUGAGUGAACAGAUGCUGCAGCCGUCCCGCCCCGAGCCGCCGGUGUUCCCGCAGACAGCAGGAGGAGGAGGAGGAGGGACUCUGACAUCAUUACCGCAGCUCUGCCCCGCAUUGAGCGGGCUGCCAGUCUGCGGGGCUGCAGGCGCUGCUGCUCUGUGUUUGCGGGUUUAGCGCUGUGUUUGCGGGUUUAGCGCUGUGUUUGCGGGUUUAGCGCUGUGUUUGCGGGUUUAGCGCUGUGUUUGCGGGUUUAGCGCUGUGUUUGCGGGUUUGCGGUUCCUGCCUCUGGUUACUCUGACAGCCUGAAAUCUGAAUUUGAUCUUUUCAGAAGGAGGAAAGUCCUGCACUGCGGCCUCUUCCUGCUCCUCAGUCUGCUGGAGCCUCUCCAUCUGGACCAGACCAGUGAUGACUGAAACUUUCCUCUGCAGGAUUCUUUUCACUUUAGGAUCUCAGUUUCUACCUAAGGGCUUUGACUAGACCUUUCAGAUUGGCUCAGCAGCAUCUCCAGCUUCACCUCAAGAAGUUCAGGAAGUCUCCUCCGUCUCAGGAUUAAUCCGUUUCUGCCAUGGCUGCUGGGAGUUUCUGGACCCGGACGCUCUGUGAGCUCAGCGGGGAGGACCGGAACCUGCAGCUGUGUGUCCCGCCGGCGGACCCCGUGCCGCUGGGUGGCUCUGCAGCCGGGCUGGAGGAGCAGCAGGGGACCCUGCAGCCUCCAGCUUUUCCACGGCUUCACAUCAAAGCCCGACUUGCUGCUGCAGCUUUGAGAGACCAGUUACAGCCCGCAGGAGGAAGAGGAGCAUGAUGAAGAUUGUAGGACAAAUUUAGAAGUCCAGACCCAGAGGAACUCCUUCAUGGA